AUUUUUAAAGGUUCAUCUUUCGAUUUAUUUAUUUAUUCAAUUUUGGGCGGUUUAACAACUUGGGAUGCUCGACAUUUUUUACACAUUGCCGAAUUUGGAUAUAUUUGGGAAAGCAGUUUAGCAUUUUUUCCUCUUUUUCCAAUGACUCUUAAAAUUCUUGGAGGUUUUUUAAAUUUAUUUAUUGGAAAUUGGGUUUCUCUUUUUUCUUCAAUGCUUAUUGCUGGAACUUUGUUAAAUAAUGCACUUUUUGUAAUUAAUGGAAUGCUUUUAUUCCGUCUAACUUUAUUUCUGAAUGGAGGAAAUAUUAAAGAAUCUAUUUUGGCCGUCUAUCUUCAUUGCUGGUGUCCAGCCAGUAUUUUUUAUUCUUCAUUAUAUUCCGAAUCAAUAUACCAAACAUUUACAUUUCUCGGUCUUUUAUUAAUUUAUUCACCAACAACAAAUAUUUCUUCACGUCUAAACUUGUUGUAUGCUUCCGCAGUAUUUUCUUUAGCUUUUUUGACUCGUUCAAAUGGAUUGACAAAUAUUGGAUUUAUUGGAUUCCCACUCUUGUUGGAUGUUAUUAUUUUUAUUGAAAGACAAAUACCUAAUGAAAAUGGUGAGGGGGAAAGAGGAAUGAUUGAUAAAAAUGGUGGAAUAUAUCAACAAAAAUAUCAACAAUUUGAAUUUCGUGAAUUUUCUGUUGAACUGGUUAAAAAGGUUUUUUUUUUUUAA